AUGCCAGUAUACCUCAAGAGUUUCCCCAAGACUGAGAAAGCCUGGACUUCUCUUAUACAGACACCAAAUGCCAACUCCGUCAAGACUGUGGUGUUUUCUCCAGAUGGCAAGCAAAUCGCUUCAGGCUCUUAUAUGACCAUCCAGCUUUGGGAUAGCACAACAGGGAACCUUCAGAAGACAAUAGAAAGCCAUUCAGUUCUGGUCGAGGCUGUGGCGUUUUCGCCGGAUGGCAAGUGGAUCGCAUCAGGCUCGGAUAAAACCAUCAAGCUUUGGGAUAUUGCAAAGUCUAACAAAACCUCAAAGCUUCUUGGCCGUCGCUUAGGUAGUCGUCUCAAACUCCGACCACAAAGAAAAAUUAAAAUAUCGGAGCGAGUGCUCGACCUCAAAUUCUCUAUAGAUACCUUAUACCUUAUCACAGGUACUAAAACAGGUACUGAAAAAAUCAGGCUUACAGAUAGUACGAUAGAAGAGCACAACAAGAGUCCAGUUUCUUUACAGAGCUUCAUUUUUAAGGAUCAGUAG